AUGAAAUUUCUAGUCCUAGUGACGACUACAUUGCUGCCUUUGAUCCCUGGUGUUGUAUACGGGGUGGACUUUGACGGAUGGUGCGCCUCACAUUACGGGAACGUGGGAAAACCAUGGGCGAUUUGCGGCAAGGCAGAAUAUGUGAACGACGACCCAAAACAAGGCAUAUCACGUUGGAGUGUCCGACCGCAAGAUAAAUGCAAACUCUUGAAGGAUGACCCGACCGCCAUCCCGUUUUGCUGUGCGAAAUCAAUACACAAGAUAGUCAAUAGCCAUGUUUGGGCUCAUUCUGGCACUGCAGUGGAUCCUGUUAUGAUCAAGGAAGACUGUCACAAAUUAGCAUAG